CUUUCAAGAAGCACCUCCUCUCUGACCCUUCGCCUUAAAUUUCACCCCUAUAACGACAAAAAAAUGAGACGAAACCGCGAGCUACACCGAGUCAAAAAGGGUUUCUGACAGUAAAACAAAGAAGAGGUAAGUCGGGGAAGUGAGAGGCCAAAGGUUAGGGUUUGAGUUCCGGGGGAAAAAAAAUAAAAACAAAAGAAAAUUAUCUUCAUUUGACAUUGUCUUCAUACCAGAAGAAGUCUAAUUCUUGUGCUCUGACAUUCGGAUUAUACAAUCCCAUUUAAGGCGUGUCAUGAAUGUGCUUAGGGUUUGCAUCAGGUUUUUGAUUGAGUUAUGAUAUUGUGGUAGUGACAAUUUUGGCAUCGUUACCAUGGUUGAAACGGGGGAAUCUUCUGAGUCAAAUCUCGGAUUGGUGAGGAGUGUUUCUUUCCGUGAAGAGGAAAAUUUUCAUCGGCAGGCCACUGGUUUUGGGGCCAGUGGGUCAAGGAAUACAAGUCCGCUUGGUCGGAUGGGGUCAAGGAAUACAAGCCCUUCUAGGCAGAAGGGGAUUAAGACUAAACCACGGGGUUUAGAUGAAGAGACAGUGUCCACGUUUAGUAAAGCCAUACAGCCUGAUGUCCAGAUGGAAGAUAACAUAUGGGCCAUGCUGCCAGAAGAUUUAUUGAAUGAAAUCUUAGCUAGGAUUCCUCCUUUCAUGAUUUUCCGGCUCCGCUCUGUUUGUAAAAGGUGGAACUCGAUUUUGCAAGACAAUAGUUUUUUGAAGUUUCAUUCUCAAGUGCCCUCUCAUGGGCCUUGCCUUUUGACAUAUUGUAGAAACUCGCAUACCCCUCAGUGUUCAGUCUUCAGCAUGCCUUUAAAACAAUGGUUCAGGAUACCCUUUACGUUUUUACCACAAUGGGCAUUUUGGUUGGUUGGUUCUUCAGGGGGUCUCGUAUGUUUCUCAGGGCUGGAUGGGUUGACAUUCAGAACUUUAGUUUGCAAUCCCCUGACACAAACUUGGAGGACUUUGCCAAGUAUGCAUUAUAAUCAUCAAAGACAAUUAAUUCUUGUUGUUGAUCGGAAGGAUCGGUCUUUUAGAGUUAUAGCUACCAGUGAUAUUUACGGUGAUAAUUCUUUGCCCACAGAAGUAUAUGAUUCAAAGCUUGAUAAGUGGUCACUUCACCAAACUAUGCCUGCUGUAAAUCUCUGCACCUCAAAGAUGGCAUAUUGUGACUCAAGGUUGUAUCUGGAAACUCUUUCCCCACUUGGUUUGAUGAUGUAUCGGCUGGAUACAGGACAAUGGGAACACAUACCAGCAAAAUUCCCGCGGUCUUUGUUGGAUGGGUAUCUAGUAGCAGGCACUCAGAAACGUUUGUUUCUAGUUGGAAGAAUUGGCCUUUAUAGUAUGAGGAUAUGGGAAUUGGAUCAUACAAAAUUUGUCUGGGUUGAGUUAAGUCGGAUGCCUCUACGGUAUUUUCGAGCUCUUCUUAGAUUAUCUGCAGAAAGAUUCGAAUGCUUUGGACAGGAUAAUCUAAUAUGCUUCACAUCUUGGAACCAGGGGAAAGGUCUUCUAUAUGAUGUUGAUAAAAAACUGUGGUCUUGGAUUGCUGGUUGUGCUCUUCAAUCAUACAACAGCCAUGUUUGUUUCUAUGAGCCGAGAUUUGAUUCCAUGAUUUAUUAAUUUAUUUCUCGGUUUCUGGUUCAGGAAAUUGGUAAUCGAGAGAUUAUGGGUGGCCAUGAUAUUUUGUUUAUAUUUUUCUUCUUUCAAUAUCUUUCUACCCUUUUUUGCUGUUGUGCAUCCUUGAUGAAGAUUAUCUAAAUUGUCAUGUUAUAACUUCACCUACUUGGUUGACAUUCGACCUUGUUCCCUCCUUGAGGUUUACUAGCUGAAAUCAGAAUCAUGCAAGUGCUCUUGAAGCUGGGCUUUGAUAAUAUCUCUUCGAUUCAGUUCUUAAUUCCCGGUUGUUACAGGUUUUGGUUGGUACGAGCAGUCUUCUGUGUACUGAAUUACUUAUGAAAUGUGGCUGCAUUAUGGGCUUGUGCCCUGUGGUAACAUCUCAAGCACAACUAGUAGAAACUAAUGAUUUUGCGUAGCUUAUGCACUUGAAUACUAGUAUAAAUUGCCAUUCUCUGAUCUGUAACGACUGAUCCUCUUUUCUUUAACUGCCAUAAUGAGCCAUUGAUCCAGUUAUGUAGUAUCUCUUCUUGA